CUUGCCGGAAGCGCGAGCGGCCGCGGGCGAGGCGGGAGUCGGGGCCCCGCGCGCGGAGCCGAGUCUUCCGCUCUGGGACGCCGCGCUCGGGUCCCGGUGUCCGGCAGCGCCUUCUCAGCCGUCCCCGCGGAGACGCGCAAACCCGCCCUGCGCGCUCGGCGCCGGGGGAAACGGACUCCUCGCUCGGCUUCCCUCUCCCGCGCUCUCCGCGGAACCGGGAAAGGGAAGCAGCAAAGAGCGGCCGCUCCUUGACAGGAAUCCCUCUGGACCGCCGCCCGAGGCCUCUGCUGUGCGGCCUCCUGGCUGCCCCGAGAGCCUGCCGGGAACCGGUGGGACACGGCCCGGGGGCGGGGGGCACAGCCGGCCCGGGGAAGAGCCGCUCUCCGCAGGCUCCAGCCUCCAGCCUCCGUCCUUCCCGCGCCUCAGGGCAUCUAGCCGGGCUCUCGCCCCCCGAGUUUUCCGUUCCUGGAUGGCACCGAGGACUCGCCACUCAGGCCCCUGCUGUUUCCUUAGCCCGGAUCCUUUUGGCCCACAUUCGCUGUGCUUUCGGAAUCUUCUAACCUCAUUGGAGGAGAGAGAGAUGAGAGAGGAGGGUCAGAGGAAGAAGCAGACCAGGGAGCCUGAUGCAGGACUCGAUCCCAGAGCUCCAGGAUCAUGACCUGAGGCGAAGGCAUGGCUUAACCAACUGAGCCGCCCAGGCGCUCCAAUUCCUUCCAGUUUUGAUUAACAGAAGCUGAUUACAUUUUCCUCAUAAUCAUCCCUGCACAUGCAACCUGCAAGAAGCUCUUUGAAACCUUUCUUGCUCUAGGACAGGUCUAAGCCAGGACAGCUCUGCUUUCCUUCGAGCUCUGCGUCAAUCUAGGACGCCUGCCUAGUCUGCGCACUGCUUGAGCAGGAAGAUGCAGGAAGACGCGCAGGAAACUAGCCUGGCACAGAGCAAAGAGCUCAGGCACCCAAACCUUAGCUUCCAGCGGAACCUUGACGAAGUCACUUCUCCCUCAAGCUACCCCUUGCCAUGAGAAAUUACAGGAGUCAUGUCAAAUGCCUGAACAUCCAGUGGUUACUCAGUGGACACCCGUUCCUGCUCCUGUCCACGCUCGGCACCGGCACGCCUCAGGAGGGGACCGCCGGCCCGAGUUCCGGAUCCACACCCCGAACCUUCCUGCGGCUCCGUGACCGCAUUUGGAAUGAACCCGUCGCCCAUCAGCUCCAGGCCAAGGCGUGGCGGAGCUGCGGGCCGAGGCGGGCCGAGGCGGAGCGAGGAGCAGGGAGCCCGAGGCGGGGCUCGAUCCAGCACCCGGGGCUCCGGACCUGAGCCGGAGGCAGCUGCUUCACCGAGCCGCGCCCGCGUCCCGACACUCUGCCCGCGUCGCGGAGGCUCGCCCUGCUCCGGCCCCCGCAGCGACGACAUGGAAGGACGUUUAGGAAAACGUCGCGGGACCUACAGAAACGCCGGGCGCGGACUCGUCGGAAAGGGCACCCGAGCAGCCCCCCGCCCGCCCUCAGUGUCUUCCUUUUCAGCCUUUCGGCUUCCAGCCCCCCGUGGGUCUCCCAGGCCAGUGGGCGAGUCCCGCGAGCGCGGACAGGGCAGCCCCCGCGCCGAAGCGGGCGGGCGCGACUCUCCGCGCUCAGAGCUCCGGCUGGGCCCACCCCUCUCCCGGCAGGAUGGACUUCCGAACCCCCGACCUGCUGGACGUGUGGCUGGAGCCCCCAGAAGAGGUCUCAGCAGGAGCCUUCCUGGAGCUGGGACUCCCCUACCCUGCCCCAGAAGUCCCAGGGCCUAAGCUCCGAGAGCAGAGGCCCGGAGGCUGGGAGCCCAGCGGGGGACGGGGCUGUGUGAGUGGCCUUCAGGAGAGUGAGCCCGAAGACUUCCUGCAGCUGUUCAUUGAUCCCAAUGAAGUGUACUGCUCAGAGGCAUCUCGUGGCAGUGACAGUGCCAUCUCCGAGGACCCUGGCCUCGCAGACAGUUCCCCUGCUCUCUGUGAGGUCGUCUAUGAGGCAGGGGGCCUGGAGAGGCCGCAAGGGGAAGCUGGGCCGGCUGUAGGGCUCAUCUCUCUCCAGCUAGGUCUACGGAGCCCACCACGGACGGUGCCUGCUACCUGCAUGGUCGGCGAGCUGCCCCUGGCUGCUCACGCUCACACACCACCCAGCGUGGGCGCUGCAAACCCAGUGCCCCCCGCGACCCUGAUCGGAGACAUGAGCAGCUCUGAGAGCACGAAAGGACAAGAGAGACACAAGCCUUUGGAACUGCCCCGUCAAACGUUGCUCCUGACGGAGGAGGAGAAGCGUCUGCUGGGACAGGAAGGGGUUUCCCUGCCCCCUUCCCUGCCCCUCACUAAGGCGGAGGAGAGGGCCCUCAAGAAGGUCAGGAGGAAGAUCCGUAACAAGCAGUCGGCGCAGGACAGUCGGCGACGGAAGAAAGAGUACGUGGACGGGCUGGAGAGCAGGGCAGCUGCCUGUUCUGCACAGAACCAGGAGCUACAGAAGAAAGUCCGGGAGCUGGAGAGGCACAAUAUCGCUCUGGAAGCUCAGCUCCACCAGCUGCAGAUGCUCGCUGCCCAGACCUCCAACAAAGCUGCCCAGACCGGCACUUGUGUUCUGAUCCUUCUUUUUUCUCUGGCCCUCAUCAUCCUGCCCAGUGUCAGCCCCUUGCAGGGUCUCCGGGAAGCUGGCACCGAUGACCACCAGCGGCAGGGAGUGAUUUCCAGAAAUAUCCUGACUCACAAGGACAUGACAGAAAGCUUGGGGACCACAGCGGUAGAGCCUGGACUGGAGGGGCCACCUAGGGCCAAGGGGGUCCAUGGCUCAACAAGGAACCUGCUGGAGAAGAGGGGAGGCAAGCCCGGCCCCAGUGGGCAUGUCAGAGCUGUCCUGCGCGCGGAUGAGAUGUGAGCUGGAACACUUCGCAGGCCACUUCCAACCGCAGUAAGGAAUCCGGGAUCCCCGAUGGCUCUUUCCCCUGGGAUUCCAUUCGGAGUUCUUUGGCUUCAGGGUCUGAAUCAUUUCAGGACACCCUAAGUAUCUGUACCCUGAGGCCCAGGCUAUGUGAUGAGGCAUUUCAGAUACUUUUGUUAUACAUCUACAAUUUUAUUUUUUCUUUGGAUAAGGGUUGGGGGGAAACAGAGGUUUUGGCUGAGAAAUAAACUUUUUUGCUGAAA